AUGGGAUUCGAGAACGUGGUUGGCGGCAAGCUGAAACUGAAAGGCGCCGCGAUAGAGAAAAGGGAGAAGAAGAAGAAGAAAAAGAAGAAGAAGAAGAACAAGGAUGACGACGAGACGAGGAAGCGAAAAUACGUCGAGUUGAACGAAGACGACGAUUCAGACGACGACGAGCAUUUUCAGAAGCGGACAAGCAGUCGGGAAAAGAAGGAGGACGAGAACAACAACAAGUUGGACACGAGAACGGACGCGGAAAAAGCGCACGAGGAACGAAGUCGACAACAACGCAAGAAGAGAAUAUUGGAGCACGCGGAGUUAAGUCACAAGGAUAAGGUGAGGCUGUUUAACGAGAAGUUGGGGAGAUUGAGCGAACAUCACGACAUUCCAAAAGUUGGGCCGGGGUAA